CACAUCUCACAGCUCACAGCUCACAGCACGUUGCCAUUAUUUGUUGUGGCAACUAACUGACAGCUGCUAGUAUCUGCAGCUUCUCUGCUUUGGAUUCGAUUCAUGAGAAACUGAGAGCCUCGUACGGUAGCACAUCGAAAGGAGAGUUAUUAUCGUUAGGCUACUAUUAGCUAGCGAGAAAGCCAUGUUAGGCAACUCUUUUAGAAGCCGAAGGAUUAACACAGGGGCGAGCUUGCGGUCGGAUAGCGAAGAUAACCAAGAGGAUGUUGCGUCGGCAAUGAAGAAGGAACAUGCUUCUCCUGCGUGCAUGCGCAUCCGGGGCCUCUUCAACUAUCUCAGUGUCCAUCGGACCAGCCUGCUAGUCAGUGGGCUGGUCUUUUUGGUGGUGAUGGCGGCAGGGCUUUUGACAGCUGAGCUCUACUUGAGCCAAUGGGAGCAAGACGACUUUCGAGACGCCCAAGAUCUUGCCAAUGAAACGGCCGACUACUUUGUGAAUGCACUUGAAUACAAGGCCAUGAUGCCUCUUUUCUCCCUUGCUCAGUUUGCCACAGAAAUUCCCCUCUUCCGUGAUCUGCCAGAUUUGAUCGGGCCUUCCCUGGGAAACAACAGCCUUCCCUUUAUCCCUCCAGCCCCUGGACAGGAAUUAUCUCAUCGCAACCUGACCGGCUCACCGUGUUCAGACCCAACCAACAUUCAAAGGUACAACGAGAUUGCCUCUACAAUCAAGGCCAACGCCAAGAUGCCCCGGGUUCUCCUCCAGCUUUACUUCCACCCACAAGCAGUGGUAUGCUUCGUCCAUCCUCGCGUGUACACCCAUCCGGAGCGGCCCGACGUUAUUAUGAAUGCUACAGCGCAGUUGGGGCUUGAUAUGCUUCAGGACGUCAAACUUCGCUACCACGCAGAAAAAACUCUGAGAUCGGAUAAUCUAGUCAUUGCAGGACCGAUCACUUUGAGGCACUGCAUUGAUCACGGGAGUUGCCACAACGCUGUAAAAAAGGCCAUUGUCCUGAGGCUUGCCGUUCCAAUGCCCGGCCGUCCGAUUGUAUUGCCGACCACGGGAGAAGAGGUGGAUCGUUGGGGCAUGGUUGUCGCCACUAUCGAUUGGUUGCAAGUCGUGAAAGAAUCUGGCAUGUACCAGCGCUUUCACAGUUCAGGACGGGAAUUCCUGCUGACUCGUAACGAGAGAUUGUAUGGAACUGAAGCCGAAAGCACCGCUCUGGCCCGAUCCCCAGGUUUCCAAAAUGUCGCCGCGCCGACAUACCGCACUGUGGCUCUCACCGUUGCCACUGAUAUUUCCGAAUGGCACAUUACCGUCCAGUAUCCAAGCCGACAAUCGUCCAUCCGCGCUUGGAUGAUUCCUUGCGUCAUUUUGCUGAGUCUCGUUGUGACAGGCUUGGUCUUCACAGUGCUGGUACAAAAGCAAGAUAUGCUUGCCCAGACUCGGAUCCAGGAGGCUCGAGUUGAGACAGAGCGAAAGAUGACGGCUUAUUUUGCUCAUGAACUCAGAAACCCUCUUUCGGCCAUCGAGUCUGCACUUUUGGUCAUGCCAUUCGACGACCCCGUGGAAAUUAAAGAGCUUACCCAAGGCAUGAAAUCCUGUACAGGCUUUAUGGGGCGGAUUCUAAACAAUCUAUGCGACGUGCGGCAACUGGAAGAAGGAAAGAUGGAAUUUUAUUCAUGCCCCUUUGAGUUGAACCAAGUCAUCAUGGAGACCCAUUCUAUGUUGGCGCCUAAAGUACCCAAGGGCGUUGAUUUCAAAUACGUGGUUGAUGUUGACCCCAACAAAAACACGGUUUCAGGAGACUUCCAUCGCAUACUGCAAGUCUUGAACAACGUGACUAGCAAUGCUCUGAAGUAUUGUUUGUCGGGAUCAGUGGUGCUGUCAGUGUGCUGGGACGAGGAAAGUGGACGAGUUCGAUUUGAGUGCAAAGACACAGGCCCUGGCAUUCCAAUAGAGGAUCAAGCUCACCUGUUCGAAAGGUUCGUACGGAGAGGUGGUGCUCCCGGCUCGGGCUUGGGAUUAUGCAUCUGCAAACAAAUCGUAGAUGCUCUGGAGGGCGAUAUUUAUUUCGAAUCUGAUCCCCGAGUGAAACAAGGCACCACUUGUGUCAUACUCCUCCCUCUGGUGUCGUGCACUUCUACGAGUGUUGCUACUCAAUCAAAAGGUACAGAGCAUGCCCCACCAAUAAUAGAGCCAGAGAUGAUUGAAGAGGAGAUAUCGAUUCUUUUGGUAGACGAUAUCAUGAUGAAUCGGCUCAUGCUAACAAAGAGGCUCCGGAAAGGAGUAAUGCCCAACGCCAAGAUCAUCGAGGCAGCCACCGGGGAGGCUGCCGUGGAAUUGGUGGAGUCAGGAGAUCAUCAGUUUCAACUGGUGAUCGUGGAUCAGUAUAUGGAAUCAGCUGGCGGUGUGAUGUUGGGAACGGAUACCGUCAUUGCCUUGCGCCGAAUGGGACUGAAGUGUAUGAUCAUUGGCUGUUCGGGAAACGAUAUUGAAAAAGAGUUUGAAGCGGCGGGGGCCGACGGUUGUUGGUCCAAGCCAAUGCCCUCCAACUCUGUAAUGCUUCAAGAAAUCCGAGAGGGGCUAGAUUUGAGCGCAAGAACCCAAACAACCAGCUAGCUAGCAAAAACAAACAUGCCAGUUGCUGAAGAAUUGUAGCCUCUCACAAUACCAGUAGCGAAAAAGGCAUUUCUAUGACACUCAUUACCACGGCACUCCACAAAGAGAAUGAUUCAACCGUUGCAUCCACCACAAACAUAAGAGUAGCGCUACCCACCAGCCCAGUUUUGGCCAGUA